AUGAAUUUCGAGCUGCCGGAUGCGCUGAAGAGCCAUCUCGGCUCGAUCGACGCCUUCAUCGCUGCCACGAUUCUGCCGCUGCAACACUCGCACGACAACAAUCGUUUCUUUGACCACCGUCGCGAGCACGCCCGCACCGACUGGGAGAAGGAUGGCAAUCCGCGGCCUGAAUGGGAGCAAUUGCUGAGUAGAAUGCCCUCCAGAUUGUGGACCGCCCGCGAGUUGGCUGACGAGGCUGGCUUCUAUCGCUUUGCACUCCCCCAGGAGUACGGCGGCCAGGGACAUGCUGAUACCAACCUGUGGAUGUCGGCCAUCCGCUUUCACCUGGCUUCACAUCCGGUCUAUGGAGGCGGACUCGGUCUGGCCAAUGACCUCCAAAACGAACACAGCAUCGUAGGCAACUUCCCCGACGUUUUGAUGCUUCACCAUUUUGGCAGCGACGAGCAGCGGCGAACCUUCAUUCCCGCUCGUCUGCGCGGAGAAUUUCGAAUGACCUUUGGCCUGACGGAGCCAGAUCAUGGCAGCGACGCGACCUUCAUGUCAACCUCCGCGCGCAAGGUGCGCGAUGGCUUCGAGAUCACCGGCACUAAGAAAUGGCAGACGGGGGCGCACCACUGCACGCACUUUCUGAUCUUCGCGCGGACGGCGCAUGUCGACGGAUCAGCCAAGGGUAUCACGGCCUUCCUCGUGCCACGCGAGACCCCGGGGGUGCGCAUCGCCAGCUACGAAUGGACACUGAACAUGCCGACCGACCAUGCGACGGUCGCGCUCGACCGCGCCUGGGUGCCCAAUUCGGCGAUCCUGGGCUCCGUAGACCAAGGGCUCGCCAUUGCGCAAACCUUUGUCCAUGAGAACCGCAUCCGCCAGGCGGCCAGCUCGUGCGGCGCGGCGCGGUACUGUCUGGAUCGAAGCAUCGAGCGCGCUCGGUCGCGCAAGAUAUGGGGCGACGACAAGCGGCUGGCGGAUAAUCAGGCUAUUCAGUUCCCGGUGGUCGAGCUGAUGACCCAAAUGGAAAUGCUGCACUUGCUCAUCCUUAAGACCAGCUGCGACAUGGACCGCGUCGUGGCCGAGUGUCGAUCGACGGGGCACCGGCCGUGGGUGGAAAUCGAGCGCCGGCUGAGUGAUCGCGUGGCGAUGUGCAACUUUUGGGCGAAUCGACUGUGCUGCCAGGCGGCGGAUCGUGCCAUCCAGAUCCACGGGGGCGAUGGCUAUUCGCGCCACUACCCCUUCGAGCACAUCUAUCGCCAUUUCCGCCGAUACCGCAUCACCGAGGGCGCGGAGGAGAUUCAGAUGCGCAAGAUCGCUGCGUACAUCUUCGGAUUUGUGGGUCCACACAAGCAGGCGAGGAUUUAA